UACUACCAAACCGUAGUCUUCUUCCCAAUAUACUUAUCCGGGAAGGAUCAAAUAGCUCUCAUGGCUGCUAUUGCGGCGUGCCGAUUCUCUCUCUCCCCCCAUCCUAACCCAGAAAAUCGCAGGGCAUCAAGCCAUGCAAAACCCAAAACAAAAAAUUCAAAGAGUGUAAAACAGUGGAAUAAUGGGUCCAUUGUAGCGAAAGCAGGGGGUUUCGAUCCGUUGGGUGAUUUUGGAGCUCGAGACGCAUUUCCAGCAGAGAUAGAGAGCAAUUUUGGUGAGAAAGUGGUAGGAAAUGCAAGCACGGAACAUAAGAUACUAAUCCCAACACCUGCUGCUCUUUCUCUCGCCCAAAAAUCAUGCACCCCAAUUUCUCCCUCUCAACCCCCCAUGCCCAAACACCAAGCGCAACAGCUCAUGAAAAAGAUUGUGGGAUGGAGGUUCGUAGAGGGCGAGGGUGGAUUUCGUCUUCAGUGUGAGUGGAAAGUGAAUCAUAGUGAGGCAGGUUUUGAACUCAUUAAUAGAAUUACCAAGGUUGCUGAAGCAGCUGGCCAUUACCCUCUUCCUUUUCUUAACCACCACCAAGAUUCCAACAAAGUAUGUGCAGAGUUGUGGACCGAUUAUAUAGGAGGACUGAGCAUGAAUGACUUCAUCUUGGCUGCUAAAAUAGAUGAGAUCAAGAUAUCAGAUCUUAUACCAAGAAAAAGAGUUUGGGCCUAACAAUGGAACACCUUAAACGCUUUGGACGCAGUUCAUCUUAAUAGCAUUUCCCUCUUUUGUCACGUAUUCCAUGACUGCCAAUCGUGUAUCCUGUUGUCACUAUAAUGUGUAACUGGUAAAGUUCUCAUUCUAACAUCACAUGGUAGAUUCAUGAACAUGGGCAUUCAUUUUGUACCACCAAAUUGUGUUUCCAAAUUUCCUGAGUUGUGCAGAGCUCUCCUGUAUAAAAGUCCUAUGGUUUGCAAAGUGGGCCAUGUAGUUUCAAAUGGUA